CAAUUCGGACACCAUGGUUAUAAAAAAAAUAAUAAUAAAAAACAACCAUACGGUUAUAAAGAUGAGAUAAGUCAGUGUUGGAGAUGCCUCUUACCCGUUUGUUAAAAUGCGUGAGAGGGAUUGAAUUUAUGUUCUGUACUUGUGUGAACAGAGCAGAUUUCAAAAUCCCAUUGUUCAGUGAAUAACUUUAGUCACUAUUAGUUCGUUCGUGUAGUAGGCUGCUGGGGUAUGAAUUGGCUCAAAAGAGCCACCAUCUGAUCAUGAAAACUCAGCAUUCCCAUAGAUUCAAAACCCAGUAGAGAUUAAAAAAUAAAAAAAAAACUAGUGAUUUAUUCUCAUGUUGUAGCCUUGAUGGACGGGUACCAAUUGCUGGUGGGAGGUGGCAGGUAUCAGGUGGAAUUAAUUUACGUGAAAGCUGGCCUGGACACCACAAUCAUCAAGAAAAAUUUUUUUGUCAACUUUGUUCUAGAUUAUUUUUGAAGUUUAGAAUAAAAGAAAGUUUUGAUUUUGAAUCCUUAGUUGCAAUGAAGGUGUAAGAUGAUUGGGCGGGAAGGACAAAUUGAGAGAUUGAGAGGGGAAGUCAUGUGUUUUCGUCUAUGCGGUUAAGAAAAAGAAUGGUUGUUGCAACUUCUGGAUUAUCUAGGUCAUUAUUUUUCAUGGCGGAGGCCAAAUUGCUAACAGUCUCCAUAGCACUCACCGCUCUUACUGCAUUAGCAGCAGCAAUAGGUGUUGGAUUUUGGAGAAGAAAGACGAGGGCCGAUGAGGAGAAAAUCCGAGAGUUGGAAAAAUCUUUGAAGGCUGCGUUGCAAAAUUGCAGUGCUGAGAGACAAGGCCGCAUUAGAGCUCAACAGGCAUUGAGGAAAGUGGCCAAGUCAAAUGAUUCUAAUAAUUCAUAUCCUUUGGCACCUAUUGCAAUCACUCGGUCAUGCUUCUCCACAAGGAAUGGCACUCCAAGGCAGCCUUUAAUUGUACCACUUGCUAGAGCAUGUUUAGUAUUUGAUCCAACUCGUGUUCCACCUGCAUCUCUUGAGGGUCUUGAAGGCUAUUCACAUUGUUGGAUAAUCUAUGUCUUCCAUUUAAAUACGGAUCUUGACAAGUUAUGGAAAGAUCCAUCACGGUCUAAGUUCAAGGCAAAGGUAAGAGUACCAAGGCUAAAAGGAGAAAGGAUGGGGGUCUUUGCGACAAGAUCUCCUCAUCGCCCAUGCCCUAUAGGCCUCACUGUUGCAAAGGUUGAUGCUGUGGAUGGGAAUAAAGUUUUCAUUUCUGGUGUUGACUUAGUUGAUGGAACUCCCAUCCUUGAUAUCAAGCCAUAUCUUCCAUACUGUGAUAGCAUACCCGGUGCAGUGGUCCCCGAUUGGGUAAAGGUGGAUAAUUUGUUAGCUAUAACAUCUGUCAACUUCGCUCACGACUUCUCUGCAUCUCUUAACCAUUGUUGGUCAAGAAAAAUGGAGAAGAAGAAGAAGAAGAAUGAGAUAUCACUUUAUACAUCUCAGACAGAAUUUCAAAACUUAAUUCAACAAGUGCUGUCAUGGGACAUAAGAUCAGUAUCUCAGAGGAUUCGGCCGCAUAUCACUGAAAAUGUAAUGCUUGAAGAUGACGACAGUCAAAAGGAACUUCAUAUUCUCGAUGAUAUUGUUUACCACCUUAUUUUGGAAGGCCUUGAUAUCUCCUACAAAAUUGACUAUGGCGGCAAUGUUCAUGUUGAAAAGAUUGAACCUUUCCAAACUGAAGAAACUUAUGCAACUUCAUGACAAGAAAAGGCAUAUUGGCAUGUGCAUCAUCAAAGCUAGUUAACCUUUUCAUGUUGUACAUUUAUCCGCUCCAAUAUGAAUCAUGUAGGGUGUGGCUGAUCUAAAACCAACCCUUAUUGGAGUUCUAUAAUCAUGGUUCCCGCGAUAUAACUUUCCCUGUGCAACUACCAGAUAAUUGAUCCUGGUAGUCAUAAUUUGCAGUCAUGUUAGACGUGUAUGAGUCUAUAAUAUUGUUACCUUGUCUCGCGUGUAGUUAUCGCAUCUGCAGUUUGUUCCUUUUGUCAUAAAGCUGGAACUAGAUGUACAAUUUGGCAGUGGUGAAGGCGUAAAAUUGUUUAUAUUCACCUAGAGUAGAUAGUGUUUGUAGUUGAGUUUUGCAGAUGAUGAAAUUUUGUUUGGUAUGAUUGUGAUCUGUGCCAAUUGAUUA